UUUCAAGCAACCUUGCUCGUUAUCGCAACAGUACGCAGGGAAAAAAUAAAAUUAGCAACAAAAGCAUAUUUAGCAGCCAAGUAACUGUGCUAAACGCCGCCGAUAUUGCUUUUUUUGGCUAAAAUAAUUGGCCAGCCGAGCAGCAGAAGCGCCCGCCACGCGAAUCGGGACAUUGGAGCGUCGGAAAAUUGGAAAAUAGUCCACAACAGAGCACACCACAGCUCAGCAUAGCACGGGCCAGGGAAAGGAAAGGCAAGGCAAGGCACGAAAGGGAAAAGGAAAAGGGAAAACGCAACGAACGCCACUGGUUUAGACUUCUUGUGAUCUGGUGCUGGUGCUGGCAAUUGGAUUGGCUUUAGCUUGCUCCCCGAUCCCAACCAAACCGAUCCGAUCUAUAAUGAAUAACAAUAGCAAGCGGAAAACCCGACCUAGCGGCGGUGGUGGCGGCAGCGGUGGAGGUGGCAGCGUCGGAGGAGGAGGUGGCGGUGGCGGCGGAGCCAGCGGCGGCAUCUCAAGAUACAACUCCAACGACAAUAGCCUGAGGCCAGCUAAUAACAAGUCGGGCGCAGGAUCUGGUGGCGGCAACGGAGGUGGAACAGUGCGUCCGGUGGCGCAGGGCGUCUACAAUAACGCAUAUUUUAUGCACUCGGCCACGGCGCUGGUCGGUAGCGUGGUAGAAGUGCGACUCCGGUCGGGCAACAUUUACGAGGGCGUAUUCCGCACAUUCUCUGGAGGCUUUGACAUCGCACUGGAGCUACCGGCGUGCAUUAAGUCCAAGAAUCUGCCGGACGAGGGUAAAGUGCCCAAACACAUUAUAUUCCCGGCCGACACUGUGGUGACCAUCGUGGCCAAGGACUUUGAUUCGCAGUACGCCACUGCUGGCGGCUUUCAGACGGAUGGCGCCAUCUCUGACAAGUGCAACGGUGCGCGUCUUGACGAAAAGGAGCUGGAACCUUGGGACUCUGGGGCCAAUGGCGGCAUUGACAUAGAAUUAGAUACCGUCUCCAACGGCUGGGACCCCAACGAGAUGUUCCGCAAGAACCAGGACACAUUCGGAGUAACAUCCACGUUCGACGACUCCCUGGCCUCGUAUACCGUGCCGCUGGACAAAGUCGACUCGCAGGAGUACAAAGACGCAGAGGCCAAGGCUGAAGCGCUGGCCGCUGAGAUCGAGAACAAUCCAAUGUGCCGGGACCGCUUGGAUCUGGAGAAUGGUGACGAGGAGGCGCUCUUUGCCGCCGUGGAAAGGCCCUCUGAUCAGGAUCACCGCAGCAACGAUCGGGACCGAGAGAGGGAGCGAGGAGAGCGUGAGGAUCGGGACAGGGACCGUGAUCGUGACCGUGGCAACAAGCCUCGUGCCAACGACUUCCAACUGAGGGAGACCAUGAGCAGUGACCGCUACAUCACGAAGCAGCCGCGCAGCAUCACCGGACCGCAGCUAUCGCAUGUGGGCAUGUCAUCGCAGGGCGGUGGCGGCGGUGGUCGAGAUCGCGAUCGAGACCUCAUGAUGCAGGGCGGCGGCAUGGCUGGCGGGGCUGGCCAAGGCAGCUCUACGCAGUCCACAGCAGCUCUAAUACUAGCCGGUGGAUUGAAGGGCUCGGGACCAGCCGCGUCGGCCAAUGCGUCCACGGACACGUCCAACAAGUAUGGCGGCGGUUCGAUGGUGAAGCGCAAGUCAGUCCCCCAGGGUGGCAAGGUAAUCCUAACCGAAGCUCCUUUUCGUUAUGUAAGUAUUAACAAUAUUUUGUGUUUGCAGGGCGGCAAUGGCAACUCGGUGGGCCAAAACAAGGGCUACCAGCAGGGCAUGGGGAUGCAGAAUCAGUACUCGUACCAGGGUAACUCGCAGAUUAUGCAUGGCUCCUCUCAAUAUAGAAAUCAAUCUCACAUGGGCGGCGCAUCCAAGCUUAAUGGCGACUCGAAUGCCAAUAAUAACAAGCCACUGCCCCAGCGUCCGAUGCGUCAGUAUCCGGGAUCGCAGAGCAACUCUUCGCUCAACUACAGCGGGGAGAAUCAGUCGAUUGGCAAGCCAAUGCAUGGUCAUCCUGGCCAGAACAGCAAUUCGCCGCCACUUCAGACUGGUGGGCAGCAGCAGCAGCAACAGCAGGCACCGCAACAACAGCCUCAGCAGCAGCAACAGCCGCCGCUGCAGCAACAGCACCAGAAUAUACAAACCCAGAGGCAGAACACACAACCGGCGCGUCAGGGGCAGACGCGAGAUACCCAAGUGCAGGAGCUGCGCCAGUUUGGACAGGACUUCCAACUGGCGCCUAGCAACAAUUCGCCGCCGCAGCAGCAGCCUCAGCCACAGCAGCAGCAGCAACAACAGCAGCAGGCACAGCAACAGCAGCAGCGUGCUUUGCAGCAAUCUGCAUCACCCCCACAGCAGCAGCAGACGCCACAACAGCAGCAGCCACAGCACGUACCCAUGCAGCCCCAAGUGCCUCCGCCGCAUUUGCACUUUGUGCCUCAACAGCAGCUGCAGCCGCUCCAGCCGCAGCAUGUGCCCCAUCACUUGCAACAGAAGGGGCAACAACAACAACAGCAGCUUGUUGAGAGUCAGCAUCAGCACGUGGCCAAGCAGCAGCAGCAGCAGCCACAACUGGUCCCAGAUCCCUCACAGCAGCCGCAGCCCAUUUACCAUGCAAUGCCACCGCCGCAGACCUCGCCGGUGGUUCUUGCCUCGCCGGUGUUGCUGGAGCAGGCGCCACCCCCGCAGCAGCCCCUGCCGGUGUCCACACCCAAGCCGGAAGCUUCGCCGGCUCCAAACAGCAACACUACCACGCCCACUGGCAUAGUUAGUACGCCCACGUCGGCGACGAUUGUGAGUGCAGGAUCUGGAACGGAGAAGUCGACGCCGGCUGCAAGUACGGCUAGCAGCACGGCGACCGUGGCUACCGGCACAAGCUCCGUGGCCGGGGCUCCCAGCGGCACAACCCCGGUGGUUAAGAAGCCCUCAACCCUGAAUCCAUCGGCCAAGCCCUUCACGCCGCGAGGCCCCAGCACGCCGAAUCCCUCGCGCCCACACACUCCACAGCCCUCACAGACGCCGGUGCCGAUGGCGGGUCUGUACGCGACCACGGGUACGCACGUGCCAGCGGCGGCGGCCAACCAGCCCAUAUACGUGGUGCAGCCCCAGCAUCCGUUCCCGCCUCAAACGCAUCCGCAGGCCCAGCCACCUCGGCUACGACGUAACAACUAUGCUCCGAUUCCAUCACAGAUGCAUAUGUCGGCCACCGCGGCCACGGGACAGCCGCUUAUGGCCGCCGGGCCACAGUUUAUUCCGUACGGCCAUGCACCGCCUCAGCAACAUUUCCAAUCGCAGGCAUACGCGCCUAUGCAGAUGCGCGUGUACUCGGACCAGCCGCAGCAGUUGCAGUUCAUGACGCAAACGCCGCAGUCGACCACACCGUCGCCGGGCCAGCCGCAUCAGCAGUUCCAUCCGCCACCACAGCCCUCCCCCGCCGGCGGGGGACCCCAGCCGGCGUACACGCCGCCCACACCGCAGCCCACAUACCACCUGAUGUGCGUGCACCCCCAGUCGCUUAUACCCAGCCCAUAUUUCCCGCCGCCAACGCCACAGCAUCCACAACAGAAUCAACAGUAUCAGAUCGUUAUGCAGCAGCACCAUACGCAGUGAUGGGCGAUGACCAACGGGUUGACGAACUGGAGGGCUGGGGGAGAGGAGAGACUCGGAGGAGACUCCUCUGGCGGCUAACGAAAGGGGGGGCUGUACGGGCAGCAGUCGUCAAGCAACAUUUGGACACACAGACACACCACAAAACACACACACACAGAACCAUGAA